AUGCUGGGCAAGAUCUCGCACUGGCUGGCCACGCGCCACGAGGACAGGGGCGGCGCCAGCGACGCCUUCGUGCAGCAGCGCUACGACGCGCUGACGCGGCUGAAGAACGCGACGCUGGCGGUGCUGCGCAAGGAAAAUGCGGCGGAGUUGGGCGAUGCAGGCGGUCAACAGGCAGCGGCCAGUCAGCAGCCAGGGGCCGAGGGCGGCUUGGCGGCGGUGUCGCUGCCCAGAGAGCAGCGUCAGCAGCUGACCGAGCGCGACCCUUGUGUCGGCGAACUCUGUGUGGCGUUGGAGGAGUGUUUGGUGCUGGGGCUCAAGCCGCGGAGCACUGAGGAGCAGCCGUCCUGGUGGCACGUGCUGUAUGCCAGCACGCUCAUUGUGGACGAGCCGACGUUGGUGCAAAGCGUGCUGUCCGCUGCUUUCCUCUCGGAGGUUGGUGAUGACGCAGGGAAGGCGCGCUGCUGGUUGAAGAUUGCACUGAACAACCACACUAUUGAAUCGAGUAUAAUGAUGAUCUUUUCCAUGGCGUGUGAGCACUUGAUUCGCAACAAUUACGAGGAGUGGUCACUGGUUCGCUGUUCGGAAGGACUGGGUUUGUUUCUCGAGCUGAUUAUCGCUCUUCGGGAUGUGCACUUUGCUAUUGAAGUUAGUGGCGAUCCAUUUUAUUUGCCGGAACCGGCGGAAACGGUGGAGGUGGAGCCUGUUCCUACAGAGAGCAGUAGUGGCGAGAUGGUUGCCACCAUUACGGAUGCUGAUAUCGCCGCGGCGGUGGGUGUGUCGCCUUCCAGGGCUGGUUCAUUUCUACCGCCGCCGGAUGCCGAGCCCGCACUAGUCGAACUUGAAAAUGUUAUUGAAGUAAAAGAUCAGGAGAUUCAAGGGGCUGUCACUACUACGGAGGAAGAAGAGGACGAGGUCAUCCAACUCCCGUCGGCUCUGUUUCCGCAUCGCCUUCGGGGAAUCAAACCGUGGCAGUACGUUUUCGGCGUUAGCCUAGCCUCGCUCUCGAAGAACCCGUACCACAGCCGCUACGCUUUGAUUGACCCAUUGCUGGCCCUUCCUAAUAUUGUGGAUGACUGCGUGGCGAUACUGAGGGAGAACCCGGAUACCCCUCGACUAUUUCGUACGACAGUGCUGAGCAUCCGCUUAAACCAGCUUCGAGAAAUAGUGGAGACCGAUGGAUCAGUACCGAAAGAUCUGGAUCCCCAAUGCGCAGGAGCGCUGCUGCUAGAUUUCCUGAAAAACCUGCCAGACUCGCUGCUGACGGAUGAUAAAUAUGAUGCGUUUGUGGCAGCCGGACAACUACGGGAUGAAGAAGCUAGCAUUCGCAACAUCACGUGUCUGGUGAACGACUUGCCUGUGCAUUGCCAAAUUGUACUGAAGAGGUUGAUCAACCUCAUGCACUUAUUGCAGCAACCGGAACAUUCCGAAUUAAAUGGCGUGGACGUUUUUACAGCCUCCAGUGUUAUAGCUCCAGUGAUUGCAUUCAAGAAAGACUCAGGAAGUGGCUUGCUCUCCGAACGUCCGCGUGGCAGAACCCAUUCUCAGUAUCAAGAUGUACGCUAUGCAGCAGUGGGUGCCCAAGUCGUGGAGCGAAUGAUCCAGCAUUAUGCCAUUAUUUUCCACAGUGUGCGGGUACAGGUAGUAGACGCACUCGAGCGCUUGGAAGCGAAAAAGGAAGCACUGCGAAUGGUUUCUCAUCAGUUGAAGCUCCUGCCACAAAUGAAUUUCAUGUCCGAUAGACAGCAGGUGAAUGAGAUUACGCGGUUGUUUCGCGGGCAUUUGGAAGGCGGCGACAGCUCCGCUUUGCCUGUACCAAACGAUGCUGUGGUAGGCCAAGUCGCAGAGGGCUCGAAGCCACAAGUGACAUUGGAAGUGGAGAAUGAAGCGCAGUCAACCGCAGCCUUCAACUUGGAGUUAGAUUUGCGGCGGUCUUCAGCUGCAACACCACCUACUAGUGCUACAAGCAGCGGAGCGUCUUCACCGACGACGAGUGAAACGACAGAGCAAGACCUUGUGAGCAUCUGGGAGCAGUUUGGUUUCAAUCGACCAACCGUUCUGGGAAAUUUUGAAAAGGGAGGCGUGCUGAUGCUGCGCGCAAUUUUAUAUUGGCUGAAGAAUGACUCGAACGCGCUGGCAUCGCUGCAGAUGCGUGCACUUCCGUCUGAGCUGCCGUCAUACGACGCAGGGCUGGUGGCAUCAUCCAUUUGCGAAGGACUGGUGAAGCUUCUGAAACUAUUCUUAACGCCGAAGCACCCAGAAAUUGAUAUCGUGGCCCUGUCCUUGGAACCGUUCUGGGAGCUGUUCGACGAAGACAUGUACUUCAACAAGUUGUUCAUGUUCAUGUUCCAGGUGUUCGAUCAGCUCUGGAGCGAGCUUGACCCAAAGGCAGCAUCAUUUACCCGUGUUAUUACCGAGACGGAAGGGAUCAUGAACGAGUUGCUGAAAAAGGCUCCGGUCACUGUCAGCGACCUGCGAGCAGAAUGGGCAGAGUUGAGAGCACGCCGCCUGGAAGAAGCCGAAGACGAAGACGAGCAAGAGGAAGAAGAGCUGGUCGAAGAUGAAGUCCUCCAGGCUGCAGCAUUGUCAGACCCAUCGCUACUGUCGCCUCCUCUGAGAUACUCGAAGAAGAAACCCUCCUUCGAUGUCAAGCCAGACGACUACAAGUCAAAGCUGAUGGACACGUCAAGCAUUUUGACUCUGGAGCACAUCGCCUAUAUCGACCACGCGUUACCUAUCACGAGUCAAUUGUGUCGAUGGUUUCGAAUUUACAGCAUUGAGGCAGAUGGAUCGUCGCUGGAGACGCUGCUUAUACUGGCACAGAAGCAGAGCCCGACAUUGUUGGUGGUGAAGGACGCGGAGGGAAAUGUGUUUGGCGGAUAUGCUUCGGACGAGUGGCACCGCGCGUUUCACUACUAUGGUACAGGUGAAUCGUUUCUGUUUUCCUUCGCAAACUCGAGCACUGCGGGUGGCUUCGUGAAGUACCAGUGGAGCCGCAAGAAUAGCUACUUCAUGCUCUGCUCGGACGAGUCGCUGAUCAUGGGUGGUGGUGGCAACUUCGGUUUGUUCCUGGAUAGUGAUUUGUCGAGAGGGACGAGUGGAGCAUGCGAGACUUACAAUUCACCUCCACUGACAACCUCGCAAGAGUUUUCCUGCGUCCACGUCGAGUUGUGGGGCUUCACGACGGGGGACAAGCCCGACAUCGAACGGCACAGGAAAAGUGUAUUGGACUAG